CAUGGCGGCCGGUUAACGGAUGCUGCAGCCGGGUCGGGGCUAACGGCUGUGUCCGCUAUGGGCUGGCAUCUAGUCAGCCUCCUCCGGCGAGGGGCAUGGGCAGUGCUAACGGGCGGUUGCUACCUAGAACCCCAACAGAGCGGCUUCUCCAAUGCCUUUCACCUGUAUCUGUGGAUAACACUCCUCGGAGCUCCGUUUGUGCUGCAUCUGGCUGCAUCUCCCAGCAAAGUUGCUCUUGGGAUUUAUUGUGGUAUGAUAGCUCUCCUUUUUACUGUGAUAAAGACUAUUAACUACCGGCUUCACCUUAUGUUUGAAGAAGAAGAAAUUAUUCAUCACAAUGUUCAGGGUGUUGCUUCCACAAAGAAUAGAACCGGAUCUGGAGCAAGGAAUAAUUGUGAACCAGAACUGAUGCCGUCUUUUAGUCCUGGGAAUGGCACGCAAGAUAUCCAUCUGACUGUUCUUAAAAGGGAUAGUUCAAAACCACCAGCCCACCGCAACUCUUGCCAAUCCAUGCUGGACCCUGUGGUCAGUGAUGACUCUGAUUUGCCGACAAAUCCUAAAGAUGCGGAAGCGCUGAAAGAUAAAGACUUCAGAAGACUUACUGCAGCUCAUGAAAGUAAUGUCCUCUCACUUGAGCCAACUUACAGAGCUCGUUUAAUGUUAAAGAGGGAAGGAGAAGACCUUAUCCAGAACAGUGCAGCACCCUUGAUACUGUCUAAUUCCACAGUGUGUUUCCAUCAGACAGUUUCUCAAGAUGCAGAAUCCAACAAACAACCCAAAGGAGAGUAUGAUACCUUGAAAGAACAGCCAUCAUUCCUUUCCCCAUCUACAGUGCCGUGCCAAUCAACUAUUAAUGCUACAGGACAAUUAGAUGGUUCUGAAAAUACUAAGCAUUGUGUUUUAGGUCAGAUUUGUACUGUGGCAUCAUUUGCCAAAUCGGCCAAUUUCGAUGGGACCCCAAAUGAGAUGAUGGAUACAUUCAAUUUGUCAGAGCAACUGGUGUCUACUGAACAAUGCAUAGAUGAAUUAAACCCAGACCAUCAGUGUACUGAUGUAUCAGAGAGUAAGUGUGAUGUGUUAAUGAUCAAAGCAGGUAAUGCUAAGCCGGGACCAAUGUGCAAUGGGAAUCUUGUUACUGAUGAAAAUAAAUCUUUCAAGAAAUGUUUCAGUCAAACAAAGGAAACCCGUGGGAAUAUUGCUGGUCAUGCUGAUUGUGGGAACCAGAAGCCACCAAGUGAACCAGGUACCAACCCUGCAGUGAUCAAAAUAACCGAUCUGAGAGCAAAAGAGGAUGAUUUGAAUGAUCCCGAUGAUGAAAGGGUUCCAGCUAACAACUUUUCUUUGGUGCAGCCUACAGAAAGCAAAGAAGUAGAACUCUGCUGUGAUAAGAAUUCCAGCAAGCACUUAAUUCACAGUUUGGAACCUAGAACUAAUCAAAAUAAUUUAGUUCAGUGUCCUAAUCGAACACCAAGUUUGCCAAAUAUGCAAGAUUCAGACUUGACAGACAUUACAGUUAAUUCACUGGGGCUGCAAGAAAUUAUGAGAAAGAGCACUGACACUAUUAAUAAUGCUGAUUUAAUACCCUCGCCAUUUUUGUAUGUUAAUGUGAAUAAAGGGACGCAGAUGACAGGUUCUGAUAAGUUCAUAUCAAAGGCAGAUCUUGCUGUCAGACCAAAGUCUUCCAGUUUUCUUAAAAGGGCUCUGUCUAGUCACCAGUGUGAUAAGCAGAAGCCAAGGAAACAAGUAAGUGUUGGUACUGACUCCACUGUUUGUGUUGGCAAUGAGUCUUGGUCCACUACAGUGGCCUCCAAGGACAAUAAAGGUGAAGAUGAGGACAUAAGUGAUCAUACUAGUCUCGGCAGCACUUCAAGUCUGCAAUCUCAUCAUAAUCUUUCAAUAGAAACCUCUUCCAGUACUAAUUCGCAGACUUAUUGUUCCCCAGAUCACACUCAUCACAACCACCAAAAUUCACACCGAUCAUCCAAUUCCAGAGCUGUGUCAGACUCUUUCUUGAAAGUUGUGCAUUGUCUAAUAGAAAACCAGAGGCAACAUGAAGAGCAAGCUGUGACCAAUUGCUCCCUGCAAACGCAUAUCACGGUGCUUAGUGCAAAUGGAGGAGCAGAUGUGGUCUUGAGCAGGACAUCCAGAGGAAGCACUAACAAUCAGGGAAGAACAUUAACCACUUCAAAGUCAGAUCUAGAGGCCAAAGAAGGGCAGAUCCCAAAUGAGUCAAACUUUAUAGAGUUCAUUUCCUUGUUGGAAUCAAUUAAUAGUUCAAGAAUUAAUGCAGCAAGCUGGACAGGUGAUUGUCGAGAGGAGGGUGCCAUGGGUGGAGGUAUGAUUUUUACCAUGUUAGGAUGUGUUUUUAUGCCCCUAUCAGAGACCAGAACACAAAGUACUCAGUGGCAUGACUGUAACAACCAUCCAAGAGGACCAGCAAUACGUCAACAGCAAAACGUAGAGAACAAUACCACAGUUUCUGCAAUCUUUGCUGGAACGCCACAGAGGUCACGAGGUAACCGAGGAGAACAGAACCAUGCUUGUUCAUUACACUGGGAUAUCUCCAUGUGUCCAAAUGAUAGUCUAAGAUAUGAAGCUUCAUCACAUCAUGAUACCUCUACUGGAGCCACACACUUCUUUGUAGAUGAGCUUGGGGCAGUAAGAUCAUACACAUUUGGACAUGAAAGCAGAGGUUUUGAAAAUUCUUUGGAUCAUCCUCCAAGUUCAGAACAUAUUCAUAGUUCAUGGGAUCAUCAGUCCAACUCUCGCAGUUCCCCUUCAGAUGGACACAAUGCUGCAGGGGGGAGAACAGAUGAGCUACCCCAGCAAAGACAGCCAGUCAUAUUGCAGAGAAUGCGAAUUAGAAGAUAUUCAGAAACACAUCAGGAUAGGGUUGGUAAUCGUGUAUCAGCUGUUAAAGUAAUAGAGGAAAAGUCCAAAUGGAGACAGUCCUACAGAUUUUGGAUUUUACCCGGCAAAUGGGUGGAAAUUCGUUAUGAUCGCUUGGCUUUAUUGACUUUACUUGACAGGAAUCAGGAGAUUGGAGAAAAUGUGUUAGCUGUUUGCUUGGCUGUUCUUGUUGCCCUUCUUGGAUUCAGUCUCCUUAACCAAGGGUUUUUCAAGGACCUUUCAGUCCUGCACUUCUGUCUGGUUAUUGCAAGCUGUCAAUAUUCCUUGUUAAAAAGUGCUCAGCCUGAUCCAGCAUCACCUGUACACGGUCACAACAGAAUUGUUGCAUACAGUAGAUCUAUUUAUUUUUCAAUCUGCUGUAGCCUUGUGUGGGUUUUCGAUCUUGGGAGUAAGUCCACUCAACUUCCAAUUUCUACUCUGUACGGAAUCAGAUUAAUAUCUCCAGAAAACUUUGCUCUUGCCAGAGAUUUUAUUAUUGGGUUCACACAGUGUUUCCCUAUCAUUUUCCUACUGGGUCUUCUUCCACAAAUAAAUACCUUUCUCACAUACUUGUUGGAACAAAUAGAUAUGCACAUCUUUGGUGGAUCUGCUACAACAGGGCUAAUCUCAUCACUGUAUGGCUUUUCUCGCAGUUUACUUGCUGUAACGCUGCUGUAUGCUUUAUGUAUUGGCACUAUAAAGGUACCAUGGGAUGCUCAGCAUAUUCCAGUGUUAUUUUCAGCUUACUGUGGACUGCUGGUUGCUUGUUCCUAUCACCUCAGCAGACAAAGCAGUGAACCAGCUGCCUUGGUGUCCCUAAUUCGCUCUAAAUUGUUCAAUGAGUUGGACGUCCAGAAUCCUGAGCAUCCUCUGUCAGAAAGCAAAGAUGUUCUUCCUGAAAAGCUGAGGAAUUCUGUGAGAGAAGUCUUGAAGUCCGAUCUUGUUAUGUGUGCAGUAAUUACUCUUCUAACUUUCGCAGUCAGUGCAACUACUGUUUUCCUUUCACUGAAGCCCUUCCUUGGUAUUGUAUUGUGUGUUUUAGCUGCGACAGUCGGAUUCUUGGCACAUUAUCUGCUCCCCCGGCUGCGAACACAAGUUCCAUGGUUUUGCUUUGCGCACCCUUUACUUAAAACAAAGGAAUAUCGACAGUUUGAAGUCCGAGAUGCAGCCCAACUCAUGUGGUUUGAGCAAUUGUACGUUUGGCUUCUUUGUUUAGAGAAGUACAUUAUCUACCCAGCUGUGGUGCUCAACGCACUUACCAACGAUGCUUUCUCUCUCAGUAGUCAGAAGAAGCUUGGUAUACACUGUGAUGUUUUAAUGAUGACCAUGGCCAGUAUGAAGCUACUGCGCUCAUCCUUCUGUAAUCCAACGUACCAAUACAUAACUUUGAGUUUCACCGUUCUCUUCUUCCGGUUUGACUGCAGUGGUAUCUCUGAGACAUUUUUGUUGGAUUUCUUCCUGAUGUCAGUUCUAUUCAGCAAGCUGUGGGACUUGCUGCUCAAGCUUCAGUUUAUUAUGACCUACAUUGCCCCUUGGCAGAUCGCUUGGGGUUCAGCCUUCCAUGCUUUUGCACAUCCCUUUUCUGUACCUCAUUCAGCUAUGCUGUUCAUUCAAGCUCUUGUAUCGUCACUUUUUUCCACUCCUCUUGCUCCAUUCCUUGGUAGUGCCAUUUUCAUGAUGUCCUACGCUAGACCAGUAAAGUUCUGGGAGAGGAAUUAUAACACCAAACGGGUGGAUCAUUCAAAUACGAGACUGGAUUCACAGAUAAACAGAAGUACUGGGGCUGAUGAUAACAAUUUAAACUCCAUCUUCUACGAGCAUUUAACAAGGUCGCUGCAGCAGAGCUUGUGUGGUGACUUGAUCCUGGGUCGCUGGGGAAGCUACAGCACGGGUGACUGCUUCAUCUUGGCCUCAGAUUACCUCAAUGCCCUUGUUCAUUUGGUAGAAAUUGGCAACGGCCUUGUAACUUUUCAGCUCAGAGGACUUGAGUUCAGAGGUACAUAUUGCCAGCAGAGGGAAGUUGAAGCAAUAACAGAGGGUGUUGAGGAUGAUGAGGGCUGCUGCUGUUGUUGUGAACCAGGACAUUUGCCUCACAUGUUGUCAUUCAACGCUGCUUUCAUUCAGCGUUGGCUGGCCUGGGAAGUUACAUCCUCUAAAUACGUACUAGAAGGCUACAGUAUCAGCGACAACAAUGCAGCAUGUAUGUUGCAGAUGUUUGACCUCAGAAAGAUGCUUAUCACCUAUUACGUAAAGAGCAUAAUAUAUUACUUGAUUUGUUCUCCAAAACUGGAAGACUGGUUACGCAAUGAAUCUAUACAGGAAGCCUUGCAUCUGUGCACAACAUGGAAUUAUGUUGAUAGGGACCCAGGGGUUUUUAAUGUGAACAUUGAUGAAGACUAUGAUCAUUGCCUCAAGGGAAUCUCAAGAGCCAGCUUCUGUAAUACUUAUUUAGAGUGGAUUCAACACUGCACCAGUAAAAGGACAAAGCCUGUGAGAAGUGAUGGAGAUUCUCUACUCGUUACCCUUUGUUACAGCCUUUCUAUUUUUGGCAGAAGAGCUUUGGGAACCGCAACACACAACAUGUCCAUCAGCUUGGAAUCAUUUCUAUAUGGGUUGCAUGCCUUAUUUAAAGGAGAUUUUAGAAUCACCGCCAAACAGGAAUGGAUCUUUGAAGACAUAGACCUGCUUCACAAGGCCGUUGUCCCAGGAAUCCGAAUGUCCCUGAAGCUUCACCAGGAUCACUUCACUUCAUCCGAUGAGUAUGAGGAUCCUGAGAUUCUGUACAAUGCCAUCAGCAGCCAUCAGCAGACAAUGGUCAUCUGUCAUGAAGGAGACCCACUAUGGCGCCAAUCCAUCCUGUCAAAUGCAGAGGCUUUACUUGCACUGCGGCAUGUGGUUGAUGAUGGAGUUGAUGAAUACAAGAUAAUUAUGCUCCAUCGACGUUUUAUCAGCUUUAAAGUGGUGAAGGUAAAUAAAGAAUGUGUGAAAGGACUGUGGGCAGGACAGCAACACGAGCUGGUGUUCCUCCAGAAUCGCAACCCGGAGCGAGGCAGUAUUCAAAAUGCUAAGCAGGCCUUGAGAAACAUGAUCAAUUCCUCGUGUGAUCAGCCAAUUGGCUAUCCGAUUUAUGUCUCACCUCUCACAACAUCCUACGCUGGAUCACACAAGCAGCUCAAGAAUAUCUGGGGAGGUCCAAUCAGUUUGGAGAAUCUCAACAUGUGGUUCACUUCUAGGUGGCAGAAAUUGCGCAAAGGCUGCACUGGAGGUAACAUUGAUGAUUCAGAUUGUGGAGGAGCUUCCUCAGCCAGCAGCAACAACUACACUGGGAACACAACUCAAAGCAUCAGCUCCAAGCAAACAAGGGCCUGGAGGCCACACGCGGUAGCUUCGUUGACUGCUCGCCAGGCCAGGGGUAUAUCAGUCGGUGGUAACACCAGGAUGUUGCUAUGUUAUAAUUACUGUUACAUUAAUUCUCCCUCCCUAAGUAUGGAAUCUUGUGCUGCUCUUGGGAGAAGAAAGCAAGGCAGGCAGAAAAAAAAAUUAAUUGAACUAGAAGCCAAAAAUCAAAUUCUGAACAGUGCAAUUAAGUUCUCAGAAUUUUUAAAAGGACGGAGGGAACAGAGGAGCUGUUCAGUGCAAGCUUGCUCGUCUCAUUCAGAGAUCCAACAACCAGCUGCUAUGAGUCAGUCAGGGUCAUUGUUGGAAACAGAGCAGCCAACUUCACAGGCAUCAACAUCCGUCCAAGGUUUCGUUCAAAGAUUAUCCAACAGCCAGCUGUCAUUCAAUAAUUCAAUUGCUUCUAUGUUAUCUCAAGUACCUCACCUCUCCACUGCUAGUCAGCUCAGUAGCCAAGGCCAUUUGGGCACACAGAACAGGCGCAGCAUCACCUCCUCCACGAGCUCUACCCUUAGCCUCUUGUUUGGGAAAAGAAGUUUAUCCAGUGGACUUGUGAUAUCUGGGCUCUCAGCAGCAGAAGGAGGGAAUACUACUGACACCCAGUCAACAAGCAGUGUCAACAUCGCAAUUGGACCAUCAGUCAGCCAUGGGAGCCAGAUGACAAGGGGCACCUCUGAUGCCUGGUCAUCUCUGGAUGUCACGACUUCCAGCCAUCAGAAAGAUGCAACAAACACAGAUGAUGCUUCACAUUCUCAGAAUGGAGACCAUAACUUGCAGGAAGAACAGAGGACUGUGACUUCUCACCCAGUGUGA